AUGCGCAUCGCUGGCAGCAUCGCCGUGGCCCUGGGCGUCCUGGGCGCAGCUACGGCCAGCUUGCAUCCCCGUUCCUCCGAUACACGCGACUUCUUCGCCCUCCACCUCGACGACGCUACCUCUCCCUCCCACGUUGCACAACUCCUGGGCGCACGCCAUGAAGGUCCGAUCGGAGAACUCGUUGGCCACCAUACAUUUUCCUUGCCACGAGACCAGAACCUCGAUUCCGUGUUGGCCGACUUGAAGCAGAAACGACAGCUGAAGCGCCGAUCGGAAAGCGGAUCUGCGAUCCACGAAGAUGCGCUAGACGGGAUUCUGUGGUCGCAUCGGCUCGAUGCUCCUAGACAACGGCUACAUAAGCGACUUCCUCCACCCCCGCCGUCGGUGGACCUGACACCACGAGCCGAAAAGAAGCCAGAUCAAGCCGCGGUUACGGCCCAAAAAGACCUCAUGUCGACCCUGGAUAUCCGCGAUCCGAUCUUCAAAGAGCAGUGGCAUCUGUUUAAUACUAUUCGCCCGGAGCAUUCACUCAAUGUGACCGGACUGUGGUUGGAGGGCAAGGACCUCAGCCCAAACUACUACCCCGAGGGCUCGUGGGAUUACAAUGCCCAUUCCCCGGAGCCCCGCCCUCAACUCGACGAUGACAGACAUGGCACUAGAUGUGCGGGUGAGGUCGCGGCGUCGAAGAACGAUGUCUGUGGAGUUGGUGUUGCUUAUGACAGCAAAGUUGCUGGAAUUCGGAUCCUGUCUGCACCGAUCGAUGAUCAUGACGAAGCCGAGGCCCUCAACUAUGGCUUCCAACAUAAUGAUAUCUACUCUUGCUCCUGGGGACCGAUGGACGACGGCCGCACUAUGGAAGGCCCGGGUGUUCUGAUCCGCAGAGCGAUGGUCAACGGCGUGCAAAAUGGUCGACAGGGUAAAGGCUCGGUUUUCGUUUUUGCAGCCGGCAACGGUGCCCCUUACGGUGACAACUGCAAUUUCGACGGAUACACCAACAGCAUCUACAGUAUCACUGUAGGGGCCAUCGACUGGAAGGGGAAGCAUGGGAUUUACUCGGAGGCUUGCUCGGCUCAGCUGGUGGUCACCUACAGCACUGGUUCCGGCGAGGCCAUCCAUACCACCGAUGUUGGUGUUAAUCAGUGCAUUAACUCGCACGGUGGAACAUCGGCAGCCGGGCCUCUGGUUGCCGGCACAUCGGCGCUGGUUCUGAGUGUGCGGCCGGAGCUGACCUGGCGUGAUGUUCAGCAUCUGUUCGUGGAGACAGCUGUGCCUGUCAAUGAGGAUGAUGGCAGCUGGCAGACCACCCCGUCUGGACGCAAAUUCAGUCACAUGUGGGGGUUUGGGAAGGUUGAUGCAUAUGCAGUGGUUCAACGCGCCCGCGAGUGGGAGCUCGUGAAGCCACAGGCAUGGUUUAACUCGCCGUGGCAGCGGGUGCACCACGAAAUCCCUCAGGGCCAGAAAGGACUGAUUAGUCGGUAUACUGUGACUGAAGACCAGCUGAAGGAAGCCAACUUUGAGCGACUGGAGCAUGUAACUGUGACCAUGAAUGUCAAUCAUACUCGGCGCGGCGACCUCAGCGUCGAGCUGCGCAGCCCGGGGGGAGUUGUUAGCCAUCUCAGUGUUACUCGCGACCGAGACGAGGCGGCAGUCGGCUAUGUCGACUGGACCUUCAUGUCCGUUGCUCACUGGGGCGAAUCUGCCGUGGGCGUGUGGACCGUGAUCGUCAAGGACACCGAGGUCAACGAUUUCACCGGUGUCUUCACUGACUGGCGGCUUAACCUUUGGGGCGAGGCCAUUGACGCGGACAAGCAGCCUCUGCUUCCGCUCCCCACCGAACAUGAUGACGACCAUCCUUAUGAAGUGGCCCAUGUCGGCACGACUAGCAUCGAGCCGGGCCCAGUACAGACUAACCCUCCCGCCGGCCCCGGAGACCACAUCGACCGGCCCAUGAAGAAGCCUCCCCCGCCGAAACCAACAACAGAACCCAGCCCCGUGGAGGAUGUUGUCACGCCAAGCCCUGCGACCAAUGCAACGGCUUCCCCGACCACCACUGACCAAUCCAAACUCUCCCCGUAUCUCCCAUCUUUCGGGGCCUCGAAGAUGACCCAAGUUUGGAUCUACGCGUCUCUGGGCAUGAUUAUUUUCUUCUGCAUUGGUCUGGGCAUAUACUUCCAGAUCUCGCGACUCAAGCGCCGUCGUACCAACCCACACGACGACUACGAGUUUGAGAUGAUCGAAGAUGAAGAUGAGCUGCAGCCGAUGACCGGCGGCUCCCGGACGCGUCGCGGCGGCGAGCUGUACAAUGCGUUCGCCGGGGAAAGCGACGAAGAGGUGUUUAGUGAUGCCGACGACGAUGCACCGUACCGCGACCGGUUAGCUAACGUCCAGGAAGAGGAUGAAGACGCAGCCGAAAAAGCUUCGCCGGGUACUGGGUUGUUGUCGGAAAAGCGUUAG